AUGAAACGUCUUUCUAUCGGACGGCUAUUACUCUAUGUGUUCUUGGGUCUCGUUGCAAGGAAAAUAGUUAUUGCCCUCAUAUCUAUGCAUUAUGUACAACAACAUAUGGAUGAAGUUAGCUUUGACGCAAUGAUGACUAGCGAAUCUUUCAAAACUACGGUAGCCUCGCUUCCCACCAAUCAAGGAGCCUUUGUUAUGAUUCUCAACUCCCAUGCUUUAAAUAUGACUUUAAACUGGUUAUGCAACACUGAAGGAAUAAAAGGAGUACAUGAAAGAUCGCUUGUGGUCACAUUGGACAAAAAGGCAGCAGACACUUUAAGUGAUCUCUGGCCAAAUAUUCGACAACUAAAUUGGCCUGUACCUAGUUUGAAGAAUCCAUUCAAUUACGGAGAUGGAGCUUAUCAAUUAUUCUAUCUAUUUCGUGCAAAUUUAGCACGAGCUUUAUUGGCUAGUAGUAAAUCUUUUUGGAUGAUUCAGCAGGACACUUUUUGGGCUGAUAGCUUAUCCAGCGUAGAUGUUGAUGCAAGAAGUGAAGAUAUUAUUUUUGAUAGAGCUUCUGAAGUUGGAGAUUUGAUAGCAGGUGGCUAUUACUACGCUAAACCUAGCCCUUCUGCGUUGGCGUACUUCGAGCGAUUGUCAAAGGAUAUCUCAUGGUGGUAUGCACCCGACAAUGCCUAUAUGACGUCACUUUGCGAGCUUUCUGGUUUGGCGAGCUGUGGUGGUCUGCCGUUCAGCUUGAUCACCAACUGGUACUGGUUACAUGCUGAUCCAACAAAUACUUCACCAUCCUUUAUACAAUUUGAUGGUGAGACGAAUCUUGGAGGGAAACUAGGCAAGAUGAAACAACUCGGUUUCUAUUUUUUGAAAGAAGACGGAAAGACCUGCGAUAGAAGAUCUGUUGAGAACGCCUACAAGCUUCUGAAUGAGCGGACGUCGAGUUGGUCACAUUUAGCAUCUUCAAGCCAAAAACAGUUCAAACUUUACCAAGACAUUGUUGACUCAAUGUACAGUAACUCGUGGACGCGAUGGUUCCUUAACAGAUUCAUGUUUCCUUAUGCUCACUAUUGCAUGUUAUCGUUUUGA